GGCGGAGGGGCGGGCUUGCGCUCUCUCUUCUCCUUCCUCCCGGCCUCCCACUGCCGGCAGUCCUGAUCUUUCGCUGUCGCUGGGACCCCGAGUCAUCGCCCGUCCCGAGCACGAUGCCCCCCAAAAAGGGAGGUGAUGGAAUUAAAGCACCCCCAAUCAUUGGAAGAUUUGGAACCUCCCUGAAAAUUGGUAUUGUUGGAUUACCAAAUGUUGGGAAAUCCACCUUCUUCAAUGUAUUAACCAAUAGUCAGGCUUCAGCAGAAAACUUCCCAUUCUGCACUAUUGAUCCUAAUGAGAGCAGAGUACCUGUGCCAGAUGAGAGGUUUGAUUUUCUUUGCCAGUACCACAAACCAGCAAGCAAAAUUCCUGCCUUUCUAAAUGUAGUAGAUAUUGCUGGCCUUGUGAAAGGAGCUCACAAUGGGCAGGGGCUGGGAAAUGCCUUUUUAUCUCAUAUUAGUGCCUGUGAUGGAAUCUUUCAUCUAACACGUGCAUUUGAAGAUGAUGAUAUCACGCAUGUUGAAGGAAGUGUAGAUCCUAUUCGAGAUAUAGAAAUAAUACAUGAAGAGCUUCAGCUCAAAGAUGAGGAAAUGUUUGGGCCCAUUAUAGAUAAACUAGAAAAAGUGGCUGUGAGAGGAGGAGAUAAAAAACUAAAACCUGAAUAUGACAUAAUGUGCAAAGUCAAAUCCUGGGUUGUAGAUCAAAAGAAACCUGUUCGCUUCUAUCUUGAUUGGAAUGACAAAGAGAUUGAAGUGUUGAAUAAACAUUUAUUUCUGACUUCAAAACCAAUGGUCUACUUAGUUAAUCUUUCUGAAAAAGACUACAUUAGAAAGAAAAACAAGUGGUUGAUAAAAAUUAAAGAGUGGGUGGACAAGUAUGACCCAGGCACCUUGGUCAUUCCUUUUAGUGGAGCCUUGGAACUCAAGUUGCAGGAAUUGAGUGCUGAGGAGAGACAGAAGUAUCUGGAAGCGAACAUGACACAAAGNGCUUUGCCAAAGAUCAUUAAGGCUGGGUUUGCAGCACUCCAACUAGAAUACUUUUUCACUGCAGGCCCAGAUGAAGUGCGUGCAUGGACCAUCAGGAAAGGGACGAAGGCUCCUCAGGCUGCAGGAAAGAUUCACACAGAUUUUGAAAAGGGAUUCAUUAUGGCUGAAGUAAUGAAAUACGAGGAUUUUAAAGAAGAAGGUUCUGAAAAUGCGGUGAAGGCUGCUGGGAAGUACAGACAACAAGGCAGAAAUUAUAUUGUUGAAGAUGGAGAUAUUAUCUUCUUCAAAUUUAAUACACCUCAGCAACCGAAGAAGAAAUAAAUUUUGUUACUGCUCAGAUAAACAUACAAUUUCCAAAAGGCUUAUCUCUUUUUUUUUUUUUUAAAUUAAGUUUUCUGAAAACUAGAGGGACAAAUGAAAGUUGGGAUGGGAAUCUUCUACAAACAAAAUUAUUUUUAUUUGUUUUAAAAGUAAAAUACUGCGUACCUCCCAUGAAAUGCAAGUUCACUAAAUGUGAACAGCUUUCCUUUUCAUGUGAUUAAGACCCUACUCCAAAUUGUAGAAGCUUUUCAGGAACCAUAUUACUCUCAUGAUACUUCAUUAAUCUCCAUCAUGUAUGCCAAGCCUGACACAUUUGACAGUGAGGACAAUGUGGCUUGCUCCUUUUUGAAUCUACAGAUAAUGCAUGUUUUACAGUACUCCAGAUGUCUACACUCAAUAAAACAUUUGACAAAACCAGCCUUGGUGUGUUUGGGGAUGUCUGUAUUGACUGACUGUGGUGUGCUGAAUGCGAUACGGCACCUGGUGGUUGCUGAUUACAGAAUUUUAAGGCGUGUGUAUGACACAGUAACUGGCAGUGUGGGGCAGCUGCAAUUGUAUCUUAAAAGUGAGUCUUUCAUGGGAAUCAGAAGAAUAGUAUACCAGGGAUUUGUCUCAAAAAAGUUAAUUAAUUUGUAGAUGGACAUUUAUUGAAAGAUGAUAGCAGUGAUGUUACAAAGGAUAUAACAUAGGUGACGUGACCAAAAAGAAAAAAAUGCAGGCAAGAAAUUCUGCUUCAAAAAUUAAGGGACUUUUGGUUUGUUGUUGUUCUGACCAUAUUGAAGAGAGUAUUCAUUUUUAAUUCUUCCUUUGAAGUGAUCAAAUUGUGGCAGUUGACCCAUUCAUGUCUGGUAGGUUGUAUUUUUGUUUCAAUCAGUAGUGAGUGCAAAAGCUCACAUGCUGACUCUGAAAUCACUAAAAAGAUUAGACCUUAAAAUUACAAAGCUUCCUCAAUACUUGUUAUUGAAAUAUUUUAGGCCAGUUGAAAUUGUAGCAUGUAUAGUUAAGCACUUUUUCUAAUCGUACCAGAAAAUUUUAAAAGAAACAAUAAUGACAAGUUAGCUAGUUGGAGACCAUUUGCCGCUUAGCCUUUUUCUUGUAUGAUAGUUUUAGAGUUCUCUCAUUCCCGUUCCUGCACCCACCAUUCUCUCCCAUGUUAACAGCCCUGUGAGACCUCCCUUGUCCCACUCCACAGCCCUUUUGUGCCCCUCUGUGGCUGUAGGACGAUUUCAGUGGAGUGCAGAUUCACACCCAGGCCUGCCUUUGCCUCUCUGCUGUAUUACCUUGUCAUAUUCACUGCGGUUUACAUUGAAGAUGAGGAAGUAUUAAAGAAACACAUAAACUUCAUAUUGAAAGUUACCUAAUGUCACACCAAAGGUAAUAAAAGGGGUGAUUUUAAGCAUUUGGUUAUACAUGGAAAAGGAUAUUUAAAGAGGCUUCAGUUGAGUAGUAAAUGAAUUUGGAAGCUCUGUAUUGAGUAUGUUCUUCUUGAGUCUGAAAUCAAGUGAUCUUUUGCUAGCAUAAAAAAUGAGUAAACUGCAGCAGAGAAAUAAGAAUAAAACUAAGUGAAAAGUUAAAAAAGAAGAACCAAGUAAAUCAUAGAUGAAACUCAGGGACAGGUGGAGUUGACCAAGUUUACUGAGAAAAAUUCUUGUGUUUCUGUAUUGGAGUAAUGUAUAGAUUAGUGGAUUGUUAAGAGAUUUCAGCAGUAUAAGAGGAAAUCAAAUAUCUUGCUUUUGAGACUUCUCCAAAGUACAUUACAUAGACUUCUUAAAGAAGAAAAGUUUGAAAUCUCAUUAAAAAACCUUUAAGAUUGUAUAAUUUUACUUUCUCUAGCUUCUAAUGUGAUAAUUGCACAUUGCAGAACAGAACCAUUGAUAAAGGAAAGAAGUUAAUUUUGAGGUAACUGCAUUCAUUAGGGGCUGAAAUUAAAUGUUAAAAAUAUUUAAUUUGGUUAGAAGUUCUGCGGCAUUCUAUAUACAUGUACAAAAUUGUGUUGGGGAUAUUUCUCCAAAAGUUGAGAAUUCCAAGAACUUUCAUAUGUAUACAGGUAAUAUGCCUAUAUCUUAAUGUUUUCUCUCCUUUAAUAUUGAUGAUAAUUGGUGUAUUUUUAAGAUUAUAUGUAAAUGUCAUUUUACACCUAAUUCUGUAGUUAAAAGAGAUUUGAUUUGUACCCAGAGUUUGAAAAAAAAGUUUGUGGUAGCAUUUAGUUUAGUUUUAUCAUAUUACCAUCCUACCUUGCACUUUUGGCAUGGCUCAGAUCAGAACCAGGUCUCCCAAAGAAGCACAAAUCCUUUUUGUCCUUCAUUAACUUAGUUAGAAGUGAAGCUUCUGUUCACUUAAAAUUUGCCAGCUCCAUUUGUGGAGUAUGUAUUCUUACUCAUGAUUAGUCACCUUUCCUUCAUUAGAAUUCCAAAUUGUUAUUUAUCUCUAGUUGUCUCCUUGUAUUAUAUUUAUAUUCUUUGUAUAAAUACAUAUAAAGAAUAUAUUUACUGUAUAUAAAUUAAUUUGUGUGUGUGUAUAUACUGCUUUGUAACAACCCUGGCCCUUCUCAUUCAGGGAGACAGAGAAAAUCCCUUCUUCCCUUCUUUUCCUGCCUCUUAUAUUUUUCUGCUUAGUCUACUUAAAUUCACUUAAUAUCAUGCUGUUUUUAUUUUGCCAGAGACUUCAGAAAUGUUGAUUGUUUCUAAUGGCAUAUUGCCUUCGCUGGAAAAAUUGAUCUCAACUUACUUUAAGUUUGCAAAAAUACACUAUGAUGAUGGUGUAAGUUUGACUUGUGAGUGACUUUUUUGUCUCCUACCCAGUUUGGGACACCUCUUAAAAAUUGACAGUUCCUGAAUUUCCUGCAUAGUCUGUAAAUAUCCUGAGUCAUUGGUAAAUUUGUAUUUCAAUAAAAAGCCUGUGUUGCAAUUUAAAAAUAUAAGAAAGAAAGAGCUCACUUGACCAGCCAGGAAGCAGUUCACAGACCUGUCAAACCACACAAGUGAUCUGGUCCUUGGCUCUGCAGGUCCAGGUACUUGAUUUUUUCAGCUCAGCUGAUGCUGUGUGUGUAUGUGUAACACUUUCUAAACUUCUAAGAAUCUAAUUUAUAAACUAGAAUGCCAAGUUAUUCAACUACAGUAGGAGGUGUUCCUGACAUGUAAAUAACAAAUGAUGGUUAAGGCCCAUACUCAGGAGUCAGGAGGCUCCUGACUUUGAAUCCUGACUUCACCACUGCCUACUCUUGUGACCUUCCUUAGGCAAAUUACUUAACCACUUCUGAGGCUAUUUCUUCUUCUGUAAAAUGGGGAUAAUAGGACCUCCUUCAUGGGGUUGUUUGUGAGGAUUAAAUGGAUUUAUACAUGUAAAAUGCUUAAAACUGCUUGGGAUGAAAGUGCUAAAUAAAUGUUAGCAAUUCUUAAAACUUGUGUUUGGAGUGCUUUUUCUAGUGCUUAUGUCCACUCAAGAGACAAAGUUAUAGAACAGAAAGUUGCUUGGUGAAUGUAAAAUUAGAGGAGAGAAACAUAAAUCUCUAGGAAAUCACUCCCAGGACCUCUAGUAGAUGUCUCCAGCUUAAAAUAAAACCAAACCAAACCCGUUGCCAUCAAGUCGAUUCUGACUCAUAGCGACCGUAUAGAACAGAGUAGAACUGCCUAUAGAGUUUCCAAGAAGUGCCUGGUGGAUUUGGACUGCCGACCUUUUGGUUAGCAGGCUAGCUCUCAACCACUAUGCCGCCAGGGUUUCCCCAGCUUAGGAUAGUUCUGUCUAAUUGAUCAACAAAGCAAAUUUAUUAGUCCUGCUUCUGUAGGGUCACAGUGAAAAGGUAGACACAGAUAGUUAAUUAAGGA